AUGGCUAUUUGCCACGGUCGCCUCGCCUGCAAAUCAACACCAUCCCGAUCUGUUGCUGUCGUAGUAGCCUCCCAUGGAAGCGAUGGUCAACUACAAACCACCAUCAUAUCUGGUAUCAACCAGCAGCCCGGUUUGGAUCUUGACGUUCCCGAUGAAGGAGUCUAUAUCAUCUACCAAGACCGAGCUAUCCAGAUUGCUGCCCCCCCAUGCGACCAAAGGAAAUGUAAUGCAUCCAACAUCUGCCGUUGUGACAUAACUCAAUUCUCCGUCAAAAAUUCUCUCCCUAGCCGCCAUAACAUCAAACGAAGAAUAGUGGCCUGGCCAGUGUGGAAGCCCUGUCUGUCAUGCUUGGUGAAUUGGCUCCGCCUCUACCAAGCUGCCGAAGCAGCAAACCGGCACAACCUACAAUUCCUUCGACACCCAAGAACCCUCACGUGGACUGACUUACAUGGCCAUCAGGCUUUCCACUACGAUGCCGAACUAGAGGAAAGAUCUAUCAAAUCCAACUAUAACGGAACUUUCAACAGACCUAUCAACCCAAAGUCAUCCUGCCCCCCUCGUGUAUUUGAGUGGAUGAAAGAUACGUGGGGUGAAUUUGUAGACAGUGGAUGUUGUAAACCUCGUUCUAUUAUAGCUCUACCGGACAGCGGAGAAAUUACCUACGACGAAAGUCGCCUUGCCAAAGAACAAGACAGUCUAGAGAUCGACUCAGAUUGGGACGACCUCGAUAUGCCCUGGGGACCUAACAUAUCCGAUGACACAGCAAAUGAAGACUUCGAUCUCAUUGAUGAUCUUAUCGAGAAUGAAUUUCCAAAGUUGCGGAGGAGUAGCCCAACUAUCCCAACAGAAUUGGAUACGCCCCGUCCCACAACAGAGGAUAACAAUCCCGACGAGGAGAGAGAUGAUCCGGCACCUGUCGUUAUUCCACCGAAGAACAUGACAAUGACGCAACUCUUCAAGACAGAAACAGAGUUAAGGAGGCCGAGCCCAGUACAACUAGGCAAAGACAGCUCGGUAUCUAUCAUCGACCCCAAGGGUACAGAGCCGCAGACAGGUACUCUAGGCACCAAACGAGCGUAUUCCGCUCUCGUAGAGUCAGACCAAUGCGACGCAACCCCCGCGGAGGAUCUGUCUCGAACAAAGCAGCGAAAACGAGAAAUCGCCAAACCAUAUAUCAGGAGCCGACAUCGCUAUAGCCCUGUCAUUCACCAAUCAUUCCCGCACCUCAAACACACCCCGCAGAGGAUCCUUGUUACUUAA